AUGGACGCAUACAUCAAUGAGCUUCUGGCUGAAUUUAAACCACGACGCCCCACAAGGGCUCCUCCCCCACCACCUACGGAACUUAAGUGGGAUGAAACGAAGGCAGCUAGAGACCCGCAACGGCCGGGCAAGUAUCCCACUGAAGACGGUCUUGAGUAUGUGGGGGUGAGCGCACCCACACCGCUCUCCCAGCUGGAACGAGCAGAGCGUCAGAACGACCUUGCUAUCAACGUGUACGGUUGGGAAGGCGACGUUGUUCCUUGCCGUCUGAGCAAAGUAGAGAGAGCUCGCAAGACUGUGAAUCUCUUCCUCGUCUCGGAUUCGAAAAACCCCGAGAAAUACCACUACACUUGGAUAAAGGACUUCAACCGCCUUCUCAACCGGGAAUCGAAGAAUGGCCAACGGCUUCACUUCUGUGAGCGUUGCCUUCACGGCUUCACCAGGCAGGAUUUGCUGGAAGAGCAUAAGCCUGAAUGUCGAGGCACUAACCAGGCCGCGGUUGCCAUCAGAAUGCCAACCCCCGGAAAAAACAACAAAAUCCGCUUUGAGAACUACCACAAGCAACUCAAAGCGCCCUUCAUAAUCUACGCCGACUUCGAGAGUCCGGUCUGCAAAAUCGAGGGCCCCGCGCUUAACCCUGAAAAGAGCAAAACCCAGCAAACCUCCCGACACGAGGCAUGCGGCUACUUAUUCAUAGUCGUUCGUUCAGACGGGGAAACGCUGCCACCGCAGCUCUGCCGAGGGCCCGACGCAGCCAAGAAUUUCCUGGAAGCGCUCCAAGAAGAAGAGCGUAAGAUCAAGACGUUGUUGGCUAACCCCGAGCCUAUGCACAUGACAGGAAAGGACUGGGGGAGCCACAAGAAAGCCACAAAUGGCCACGUCUGCAGCAAGCCCUUCGAAGACGAUUCCGUGCAAGACCACUGCCACAUUACUGGCAAGUACCGAGGUGCGGCCCACAAUGAGUGCAACCUGAAGUUGCGGCUCAGCCAGAAGACGACAACCAUACUGGUUGUCUUCCACAAUCUGCGGGGCUACGACAGCCACCUGAUCAUGCAGAAUAUCGCAGAGACUAAAGGGAAGGUCACCUGCAUCCCUAACAACGCUAAGAAAUACAUUUCGUUCAUUAUCGGCCAGCUUCGAUUUAUCGACAGCACCCAGUUCAUGCUCUCAAGCUCGGAUGGCCUGGUGAAAGCCAGUGACCCGCGAGACAUGCGCAUCACACCAGACUACGAGCCGAACCUCCAGAGGCGUACCCUCUUGCUCCGGAAGGCGGUCUACCCCUACGAGUGCAUAGACGGCUGGCCCCGAUUCGACGAGGAAGCCCUCCCGCCGAAGGAGGCUUUCUACAGCAAGCUCUCGGGCGAAAGCAUUACCGACGGCGAGUACGCCCACGGAAAAAGGGUUUGGGAUGCCUUCGGCUGCGCAAGCCUCGGCGACUACCACGACCUCUACCUUCGGACCGAUGUCCUCCUCCUCGCCGACAUCUUCGAGAACUUCCAAAAGCUGUGCCUCGAGCGAUACCGGCUAGACCCGGCCCACUAUUACACGAGCCCGGGCCUAAGCUGGGACGUUCUCCUCAAGCACACAGGGGUUGAGCUCGAGCUGCUCACCGACAUCGACAUGCAUCUCUUUAUCGAGAAGGGCCUGCGCGGCGGCAUCAGCAUGGCAAGCAGGCACUUCGCCAAAGCCAACAACCCCCAGGGUGCCAGACUACGAUAUGGGGAAGCCCCAAAGCUGGAUCCAGUACUACGACGCUAG